GUUUUCUAAUGCUGAAAAUUUAAGGAAAAAUUAAACAAAGGUAAAAAAAUAUGGAAAAAUAAAAUAUAAAGAGUUAAAAACAAGUAUUAAGAUCAUUAGAAGAGUUGAAAAAUUCUGAUUUAGUAAACCUCUUUGAAGUUAAGAUAAGUUUAAGAAAUUAAAAAAUAGGUGUAUUUAUAAUAAAUAAAUUGGUUUCAUAUUUAUAAUAGUGCAAAAAUGUAAAAGUAAUUAGCCUUGAUUUAGCACAUAACUAGAUUGAACUUUAGGCAGCUAUUUACUUAGCAUCUUCAUUAAAAUAACUUACUAAUCUUACAAGUUUUUCAUUGGACAUUUCAGAAAACAAUUUGAAAAGUGAUGGGCUUUGUUUUAUUUUAGACAGCUUAUGUUAAUCUAAUUUGGAGAAACUUAAGUUAAAAUUGAACAAUACAUGCAUUGAAGAUUAAGUGGUCCCUGUAAUAACUUAGCUUUUUAAUUAAAAAUUGAAAAAAUUGUAAAUAGAUUUAGGCAGAAAUAAAAUAAAUGGAUAAGGUAUUUGUGAUUUAGUUUCUGCUUUUUAAAUCUGUGUUAAUUUGGAAGAACUUUCUUUAGUUUUAGACCUAGAUUUCAGAGGGGAUUUGAUUGCAAAAACAUUAGGUCUUGAAAUUAAAAAAUUAGAAAAUUUAAAAAAAAUGUAGCUUUCACUUUGCCGCUUCUCAUUAGAUGGAUCAUUUAUUAAGGAUCUUAAUCCUAUAUUUGAGCAAAAAACCUAACUAAAAUAAUUUGAAAUAAACCUCAAAACAAACUAUCUUAAAGAUGAAUAAGUUAUUGGAUUCUUUAAAUAAUUAGAGUUAUGUAAAAACCUUGAAAGCUUAUCAAUAAAUGUAGGUUAUAAUAGGCUUAAAGGUAAUACCGUUGAAUGCAUUGGAAGUAUAUUAACACAAUUAUAUCACUUGAAUUAUUUGAGCCUUAAUUUUGAUGAGAAUUAAAUAAACGGAGAGUGUGUUAAAUCUUUUGCUACUUCACUUCUAUAAUGCAAAUAAAUAUUAUUUAUUUCAUUAGUUUUACCAGUUAAACAGAUUGAUUUAGAACAAGCUGAAUAUUUAAAACUUAAAUUAAAAAAAUUGCCAAAAUUAGUAUAAUUGAACUAUGAAGUAGAAGAUUAUGAUCCUUGCUAUUGAUUAUCUAUUUAUCGAGU